GGAAAACGUUGCGCAGGUUCAAAAAUGGAACGUCGGCGGCGUGAGGGAGCGCUAGGGGGUGUGCGCGCGUGCGCGCCGGGCAGAGCCUGACGGGGUCCCCGCCGGCCCGAGCAUCGCGCGCAGCAGCCGCGGCCUCGCAGCUCCACCCCCGACCCGGCCGGCCCCCGGCCCGUCGCCCGCCGCCCCGCAUGGAGCUGUCAGCCAUAGGCGAGCAGGUGUUUGCGGUGGAGAGCAUCCGGAAGAAGCGCGUGCGGAAGGGCAAAGUCGAGUAUCUGGUGAAGUGGAAAGGAUGGCCCCCCAAGUACAGCACAUGGGAGCCAGAGGAGCACAUUCUGGACCCCCGCCUUGUCGUGGCCUACGAGGAGAAGGAAGAGAGAGACCGAGCAUCAGGUUAUAGGAAGAGAGGUCCGAAACCCAAGCGUCUUCUGCUGCAGCGGCUGUACAGCAUGGACCUGCGGAGCUCCCACAAAGCCAAGGGCAAGGAGGAGCUCUGCUUCUCUUUGAUGCGCCCACUCGGCAGCGGGAGCCCCGAGGGGGUGGUCAAGGCGGGGGCAGCUGAGCUGGUGGACAAGGGCCCCUUGGUGCCUACCCUGCCCUUCCCACUCUGCAAGCCUCGCAAGGCCCACAAGUACCUGCGGCUCUCACGCAAGAAGUUCCCGCCACGCAGCGGGCCCCACCUGGAGAGUCACAGCCAUCCACGGGAGCUCUCCCUGCAGGAGUCAGCAGCCCCAGAUGUCCUGCAGGCUGCCGGCGACUGGGACCCUGUGGAGCAGCCCCCUGAGGAGGAGGCAGAAGCAGACCUGGCCAAUGGGCCCCCUCCCUGGACACCCACGCUCCCCUCAAGUGAAGUGACCGUGACUGACAUCACCGCCAACUCCGUCACCGUCACCUUCCGUGAGGCUCAGGCUGCCGAGGGCUUCUUCCGAGACCGCAGUGGGAAGCUGUGAACAGCUGCUUCCUUUCUUCUUAAACUGUGUUCCUUGGGGCUUGGGUGAGGAGUUCCAGAGACAGGAGGGGCUGGGAGCAGGCCAAAUUUAAAAAAAAAAAAAAAAAAAAAAAAAACAGAAGCAUGGGGAAGAUCCCACCACCUUGCCCUUACCCCAUGAGGGUUGUUUACAGAGGGGCCUCCAGGACAGGGAGGGAAGGCCAGUGUUGUCUGGGUCUCAUCUCCAGGGCAGAUGGGGAUGGGCUCUCCUGCCCAGACAGAGGCAAAUCCUAGGAGUUGGGGGAGCCCAGGAGGUCCCGACCUUGCCUUGAGCAGCCGCCCUAGCUCUCUGGUGUUGUUCCCUCCCUAUUCCUUGACUUGGGUCUUUACUAUGAACUUUCCACUCCAGCUUUGUGGUGGGACAUGGAAGCUGUCUUUGGCCACCAGGGACAGGAUCAGGACAAAGGGCAUGGCCUGGAUCAGAGAAGAGGCUGCCAACCAAGCCUCCUCUGAAUGUGCUGUCCCCCCAGUACUGGCCUGUGUAGGGAUGCCCAUGAACACAUCCAGCCACUCCAGAGUGCACACACUGCCUGUGUGUGUGUUCACACCUGCCCCAUGUCUAUAGACCUCCACGUGAACCUUGCACACCUUUAGAAACUGACAGGUGAACAUGGCGUGAUUUCUAGCACAAAUGAACUUGCCCCAGCACCUUCACUCCACCUUGCACAUCUGGCACGUGACUGACAGGAUCAGACAGCUUGGGCCAGCCUGAGUCUGUUGGCAUCCCUCUCAG